AGACAUCAGAGAAGCUUUCUGAAAAUAGUAAAAUAUUGAUCUCUAUGGCCAAGGAGAACAUACCACCAAACAGUCAACAGACCAUGGGUUCCUUAGGAAUUGAUUAUGGCUUAAGUUUACCACUUGGGGAAGACUAUGAACGGAAGAAACACAAACUUAAAGAGGAAUUACGGCAAGAUUACAGACGUUAUCUUACUCAGGGCAUUACACAAGCAAAAAGAAAGAAAAAUUAUCUAUCCACGGGUGAACCAGAUCCAUCUACUCUGGGAGUGUCUCUUCCUAUUGGUGAGAGGUUAUCUGCCAAGGAAAGGUUGAAACUUGAACGCAACAAAGAAUACAAUCAGUUUCUCAGGGGUAAGGAGGAAUCCAGUGAAAAGUUCAGACAGGUAGAAAAGAGUAAUGAGCCAAAGAGUCAAAGAAAUAAAAAACUUGUAAGUCAAGUUAAGUCUGAUUUAUCUUCACAAAUACAAUCAUCUCGUGAAAAUUCUGAGGAUCCUAGGAGAGGUGUCUUAACUCCUUCAGAGGCAUACGAAGAGCUUUUGAACCAAAGGCGACUAGAGGAGGAUAGAUAUCGACAACUCGAUGAUGAAAUUGAAUUAAGGAAUAGAAGAAUUAUUAAAAAAGCUAAUGAAGAAGCAAGCAUUUCCAACACAAAGCAUCAAAGGUUUGCAAGCAGGACUGGCAUUCCAGGUAGAAGAUUUCACAGAUUUAAUGAGGAUUGUGUUUCUGAUAGACAAUAUUAUAGACCAGACCAAGAUCCUGAAGUAAGUGAAGAAAUGGAUGAGAGAUUUAGAUUUGAAAGUGAUUUUGAUAGAAGACUUUUGAGAGUGUACACAAAUGACAGGACACAAGGGAACAAACGAGAGAAUGUGCCUCCUAGGGAGCAUGAUGGUGACGUGACUGAACAAUCAGACGUACGAGUUGCAUCUGCUGGAAAUAAAAGCACUCAAGGCAAUGCACCGUCUACAUCUACUCAUCAGGAGAUCUGUAGUCCUUUUGCAGGGAUGCUUUUUGGAGGUGAAGAUAGAGAACUUAUUCAGAGAAGGAAAGAGAAAUACAGACAAGAGCUAUUGGAACAAAUGGCUGAGCAAAAGAAGAACAAGAGACGAGAAAAAGAUUUAGAACUCAGAGUUGCAGCUUCUGGAGUACAAGACCCUGAGAAAUCGCCUGAUAGACUAAAGCAGUUUAGUGUGGCACCAAGACACUUUGAAGAGAUAGUACCACCUGAGAGGCCCAGAGUAGCUUUCCAGACUCCUCUCCCUCCUUUAUCUGCCCCAUCCGUACCACCCAUGCCGGCAGUUCACUCUGUGCCUCCUCAAAAUGAAGAUUUUCACAGUGGAUUAAGCAGUGCCUUUGGUGAAAUGGUGCCUCCCAGGGUUGCACCACUGCCUCCUCCUCCCCUACUACCACCUUUGGCUGCUAACUAUCGCACUCCUUAUGAUGACGCAUACUAUUUUUAUGGGGCCAGGAACACUUUGGAUCCCAGUCUUGCUUAUUAUGGUUCCGGAAUGAUGGGAGUACAGCCUACAGCUUAUGUUAGUGCUCCUGUUACCCACCGACCAGCCCAACCUAUUGUGAAUACGAUUGGACAGAAUGAACUGAAAAUUACAAGUGAUCGUGCAAUAAAUUCAGGAUUAUUUUUUGAAGAUAAACCAAAACCUUCUAAACAGUCACUUCAGUCUUACCAAGAGGCUUUGCAGCAGCAGAUUCGAGAAAGAGAAGAAAGAAGGAAGAAAGAACGUGAAGAAAAAGAAGAAUAUGAAGCUAAAUUAGAAGCUGAAAUGAGAAUUUAUAACCCCUGGGGAAAAGGUGGAGGUGGUGCUCCUCUCAGGGAUGCAAAAGGAAAUCUGAUAACUGAUUUGAAUAGGAUGCACAGACAAAAUAUAGAUGCCUACCAUAACCCAGAUGCGAGAUCACAUGAAGAUAAAAGGGCUGUUGUAUCUCUAGACCAAAAUUUAGCCACUUCAAAUGCUGAGAACCUAGAAGAUUCUGCAAAUAAAAACUCAGGUCAUGUGCAAACACAGAGCUCUCCUUUUGCUCGGGGAAAUAUAUUUGGUGAGCCUCCAACUGAACUUCAGAUUAAACAGCAAGAACUGUACAAGGAUUUUCUUCGUUUUCAGCAAAGGCUAAAAAAUGAAGAGCUUAUUCGGUUAGCUGAAGAAAGGCGAAAAGAAGCUGAAAGAAAGAAGAAAGAAGAAGAAGAAAAACAUAACUUGCAACUUCAGCACUACUAUGAAAGAGAAAAUGUGAUUGGAGAAGAAACAAAGCGCUCAAGACAGCCUUCUCCUGUAGUUCCUGCUCUUCAGAACAAAAUCUCAAGCAAACCCCAAAGACCUCCUUCAGUUGACAGCAUCAUAAGUUCCUUUAUUCAUGAAAGUUCCAUGUCCAGGGCACAGUCUCCUCCAGUCCCUGCCAGGAAAAACCAGCUCCGUGCAGAAGAGGAGAAAAAAAAUGUGAUUAUGGAAUUAUCAGAAAUGAGGAAACAGCUUCGCAGUGAAGAGAGGCGUCUACAAGGGCAGUUGCUACACUUGGACAAUGAUGAUGAAAUUCACAUAAGGAAAAGAGAAAAGAAUCCCAUGGAUAUAUUUGACAUGGCUAGAUAUCGGUUGCAAGCACCUGUCAGAAGACAGUCACCUAAGGGGUUAGAUGCUUCCACUUUUCAGAACAUUCAUGAUUUUAAUGAACUGAAAGAUAGAGAUUCAGAAACACGAUUUGAUCUCAAAUUUAUGUACCCGGAUCCUCCAAGAGAUCAUCACACCUUAGAGAUUCAACAGCAAGCUCUGCUAAGGGAGCAGCAGAAGCGACUGAAUAGAAUAAAAAUGCAGGAAGGUGCUGAAGUUGACUUAGAUGCCACCCCAAGUGCUAAAGUACGGAAGCAAAGAAUGGUGAAAAUGCCCACAGAUGACACUAAUGAUUUCUUGAAAAAUUCAUUACUGGAAUCUGAUAGUGCUUUUAUUGGUGCUUAUGGUGAGACAUAUCCUGCCAUUGAAGAUGAUGACUUCCCUCCACCAUCACAGCUGCCCUCUGCAAGGGAGCGCAGGAGAAACAAAUUGAAAGGACUGGACUUUGCAGAUAACAGUUGUCCUGAUGUGCCACCAGAUGGUCUCUCUUUAAAAUCAGUGUCCAGUGUAAAUGUUGACCAGCUUAGAAUGAGAAAUGAGGAGCGAAUGCGUAGACUGAAUGAACUUCAGAAUAAACCUAUUAAUACAGAGGACGAGAGUUCUCUGGUUGACCCUGAUGACAUCACGAAACACAUGGGGGAUGACGGCUCAAACUCUAUAGCAACCGAGCCCUGGCUCCGCCCUGGCACCUCGGAAACACUGAAACGCUUCAUGGCAGAGCAGCUGGACCAGGAACAGCAGCAAGUUCCUGGGAAACCAGGCCCUUUCACUUGGCAGAGCCUGUCCACUGCGCAUGGUUAAAAUAAAUCUGUAAUGGACCCAGUAGUGCCUUGUCAGGUGAAAGGAAUGGUAAAUAGUAAUAUGUUAAUAAUAUGUUCUUUUUCUCUUGCCUGAAGUUAGUUUUGUUAUAUUUGUAUAUAAAGCAUAUUUUUCCAAGAUGUAUAUGAUUCACGUUAUGUACAUAAAUAAAAGGCCAUGAUUACUGCAUGUAACAAAGGGUACUCUGGUUUUGCAGCACUGUCAAGACACUUAAGUUUUAGUCACCUUGACCGGCAGAAUCUAUAAUAAGAUAGUACACAUAUGACAGUUGAAUCAAGAGUACAUUAUUCUAUAAUGAAUGAUAAUUCUCUACACUUCUGUGCUAUGUACAUAAAUAGAAGGCCAGAAUUAUUUUUGCACAACUAUGCCAUAGAGUGGUAAUGAACUCUGGAUUCAACUAUCAUAUGUACACUAUUUUAUUAUAAAUUCUGUUUAUCAGGAUAAGGUGAAUAAAACUGAAGUGUCUUUAUGGUGCUAUCAAACCAGAAUACCCUCUGUCACACGCACAUUUGCCACUGUUAUCUACUGAAGAUAACUCUUUAGUGUCUACACAUGCUGUAGCUACUAUGACUAUCCCAGUUGCUACGUAAUGAAAGAAUCAAAUGUGCUCCUUAAUUUUCCUGUCACUUGACGCUACUGACUCCACAGACAUAAUGGGAACUGUAAUUGGUUUUAUUCUCGUGAGCCAUACACUAAAUUUACAUCUUUCUGUCUCUACUUUUGUGCCAAUGAACGCAUUGUCUUAAAGUUAUUAAUUUAUGUGAUUUGACUACUUGUUGAUAGAAAUAAAUUUUUACUUUUAUUAACCAAUGUCGACUUCUUAUGUUAAUUGGAAUUUUUAGGUUUCUAGAGGUUGAAGAGAGGAGGAGAGGUAAGAAUACCCAGGGGUCAAGAACAGAGACUGGAAUCUUUGUUCCACCACCAUGGAAUAGUGAGUCAAUUUUCUAA